AAGAACAGAAAUCCAAAGUUAUGACCGGAAGUUAGGUUUUUCAACACAGACCUCACGCUGGUAACGAAGCCUGCUUCUUCACAGAUAACAUUAGCAGUUUCUCUCUGGAUUCUUCAGACAUGAAAAAACAAGACACGGAAGAGUCUCCCAGCAGUCCUGGUAGUGAGGAUGCUCCACCUACAGGUGAAGUCUCCGAGGCACCUCCACCUGCCGCUCCACCUGCCGCUCCACCUGCGGCUCACGCGAGUACAGGCGGCUCGGACAGCAACAGCCCCAACCGGGCCGAAUCACAGAGCCCACGCGCAAAAAGCCCUUCACAAACCAACGAGGGUGGGAAUGAAGUUGCCGAGUCUCAGUGCGACAUGGCAGAGGAACUGAGCCGGCAGCUGGAGGACAUCCUCAGCACCUACUGCAGGGAGAGCCUUCAGGACGACGCUGGUGCCUUGCUCAAUGGCCAGUCACACAGCCUGGUGCUCAAUGGGUUGACUGGAGGGAAGGAAGACGACAAAUCGGAGGAGGGCAAGGUCAACGGAGCAGAGAAGGAGCAGAAGAAGACUCAGGAGAAGAAGAAAGUGAAGGGCCUCGGCAAAGAGAUCACACUCCUCAUGCAGACUCUGAACACUUUGAGCACGCCUGAGGAAAAGCUGGCAGGCCUCUGCAAAAAGUAUGCCGACCUGGUGGAAGAGCAUCGUACCACCCAGAAACAGAUGAGGGCGCUGCAGAAGAAGCAGAGCCAGCUGGUGCAGGAGAAGGACAACCUGAGGAAUGAGCACAGCAAGGCCAUCCUGGCCCGCAGCAAGCUGGAGAGCCUCUGCAGGGAGCUGCAGAGACACAACCGCACGCUCAAGGAGGAAGGGAUCCAGAGGACCCGACUGGAGGAGGAGAAGAGGAAGGAGGUGACGUCCCACUUCCAGGCGACGCUGAACGACAUCCAGGCUCAGAUGGAACAGCACAACGAGAGGAACGCCAGCCUGCGGCAGGAGAACGCCGAGCUGGCCGAGAAACUCAAGAAGCUCUACGAGCAGUACAAGCUGCGGGAGGAGCACAUAGACAAAGUGGUGAAGCACAAAGACCUGCAGCAGCAGCUGGUGGACGCCAAGCUGCACCAGGCGCAGGAGAUGCUGAAGGAGUCGGAGGAACACCAUGACCGGGAGAAAGACUUUCUGCUGAAGGAAGCCGUGGAGUCUCAGAGGAUAUGCGAGUUGAUGAAGCAGCAAGAGGUUCACCUCAAACAGCAGCUGUCGCUGUACACGGAAAAGUUCGAGGAGUUCCAGACCACCUUGUCUAAGAGCAACGAAGUCUUCACCACCUUUAAGCAAGAGAUGGAAAAGAUGACUAAAAAGAUCAAAAAGCUGGAGAAAGAGACGGCAAUGUACCGCUCCAGGUGGGAGAGCAGCAACAAGGCUCUGCUGGAGAUGGCUGAGGAGAAAGCUGUGCGGGACCGGGACUUUGAGGCGCUUCAGGGUAAAGUCCAGCGGCUCGACAAGCUGCGGCGGGCGCUCAAAGUGGAACGAAACGAGCUGAAAAAGAAGGUUCAGAACCUGAACGGGGACAGCGGCGCCGGAGGGGCCCCCGCCUCCGACCCCGGGACUGACUCACCCUCCCCCCCACCCACAGACUCUCUGCCGGAGCCCAGCAGCUGUCCCGUCGCAGACUCCACUUCCUGUCACUGCAGCCCGCGGCCAGACACAGACGCCCUGCAGGAAGAGGCGGGGCCCCCGCCAUCUCUUCCUGCGCUGGAAUGAAGCAGGGGCCGCCUACCGCUUCCUCCUGCCCCCCUCCACGUUCAAACCACCAGCCUGCAAGCCGCUGCUCCUCUUCUGGAACGACAACAGUUAGCUUCUAACAGCGCGGUUAGCUUGUGUCUUUCCACUCUGUCCACUCUCAAGACUCAGCAGUUCCUCCGAGAGGAUUGACAGUAGAAACUCGUGAUUCACUUCAACUUUAGGGUGUGAACGUGCAGCUGGUGUUAAUAUGUCGACUAGAGCAGGGCUUAAGGAGCCGUUUGUGUCGACACAAGUCAAACUGGUUGUUGGAGAGAAGAGGUUGUUAGCCUGUGUGUGUGUGUGUGUGUGUGUUUGGGGUUUUGUCUUAGUGAUGGUGUAAUGGAAAGGGUUUCGUUCUAAAAGACACUUAAACAUUCACUUACUUACUUUUUGUGCGUCACAACAUCUCUAACCUGGAACAUUCUGAAGGUUCUAUAGAAGUAAUGAGGGAAAUUUUGGGGAUCUUUUUCUUUCUGGCCGCAUACAUUUUUUUUUUCUUUUUUUUUACUCUAGUCCGUUUUUAUGGUACAG